AUGGACAUAUGCGAGAAUAAUGAGGUAAUUGAGUUAUCACAGUACUACCACAAUGACAAGGUCAUUGCCCUAUCAGAAUACGGGAAGAUCCUUUUUACUGCCACCAAGCACCACCUGUACGCAUGGGAUGACAAAGAAAUUUCACUUCUUGCAGUAUUCAGAGUGCCAACAGCAGAGAACUCAAGUGAAAAGUAUCAGCUAGAGGGUCUUCUUGCAAACAAAAAUGACCACAGACAUGAUUUGGAUAGAUUUAAAUUAUUCAUGCUAGAAGAAGAAAGACCUCCUCUCUACAUAUUCCUGCCUAAGGGAUACUACAUAAUCAACAGACUCACUAUAAGUGUUCACUUGCAAAAAAGAUUCAUUCCAUACUGCCACACAAAAAAUGGUUCAUUCGCAGUAGAGGAGGAUAAUACACUCUAUUUCUAUGGAAAGAAGAAAAUUCCACUUUUAAAGCUGCCAGCAGAUGAUAUAUGCACAAAACUCAAGUGCAUAGGAGAAGAGCUGUAUGCAGCCACAGAAAAAGGACAUAUUCUAAAAAUAAGCAUACACAGUGCAGAAGACAAAGCAGUUGAAAUUCCCAUGUGUGCCCCCUGCACAAAUAAAGUCAUUUUUAAUCUGGAGGACCACAUAGUCACUAGUACACUUGCAUUUGCAGGCGCAGAGUGCCCAAUCCUUGACUUCCAUCUUCACCCAAUUAUCAUCGCAUAUUUUGGCAGAAGGCUGUACAGUCCUUUAAUCGAGUGCAAGGAAAAAGAGCAAAUCUUGAAUUUUUAUUGCAUGCAUUCUCUAUUUAUUGUUUUCACACCCGCGGGAGUUUUAUUACUGAACGAAUCCCUUCACCGUCUUAAUAGAAGCAGAGUUCAUGGAGAAGCUAUUUCGCAUAUGGAUAGGAUAUUCAUAUCCCAGGAGGUUGGGACACUUAAUGAGAUACGUAUCUCUUCACUUUGA